AUGAAGUGGCUGAAAUCUAAGCAGGAGGGAUAUUUGGACAAGUGGAUAGAAGAGAGCACGGAGGAGAACCUUAGGGUUCUAAAGCAGCAGCUAACUGAGGAUAACAUUAGUAACCUAAUGAAAGCAAUUAGAUUAAAGUUAAAGUUGAACUAUAGAAAGUUGGAGUUUCUGAUAUUGGAAUUCGUAGAGAAUGAAGUAUUCUACAGUCAAUUGAAUAAUACGAAGAAUAUUUCAUUCCUAAUCGAUUAUAAUGAGUUGUUCAUAAAGUUAUACCUCAGAUUAAAGCCGACAAAUCACCUCAUAGUUGACGCAUUCGAGCAUAAGUAUCAGCCAGUCUUAGAUAUAGUUGAUGGUUAUAUAAAGCAUAAAUAUACUCAGCAGCAGCUUUCUUUCCUUGAUACACAAAGAGAUACUCAGCUCGCUUUGGAUUUGUUCAACAACUCCUUAAUCUACAAUAAAAUAUCUUCAAAGGAUUUUGCAAAAAGUUAUAAAAAGUGUCUAGACUUCCAAUCUAAGUAUAAACCUCAGUUAGAGUUCUAUCACUUUCAAUCAAUUCAAUCUAGGCAAAAUAGGAAUGAAGAUAUAAAGUUCUCAGUUGAAUGCUACAAAAUUGCAGGCAUUUUGGAUGAUUAUUCGGAUACUUUUACACCAGAUGAACUCAUUUAUCAACAAUUGAAUACUCUCCUCAAUGAAAUUGAAAAUAGCUUCAAAGAAUAUGAGCAACUUUCAUUACAUAUUCAACAAGAUGAAGAAUUACAAUAUGUUACACAACAAUCAAUCAAUGAUACAAAGUUUGAUAGGUCACUCCAUCUUGAAAUUCCAACAAAGAGAUCAUAUGAUGAAACUGCUUCGUCUUCACUUUCUGCUGAUUUAUCUUCAAAACAAUCAUUCGAUUAUAGGAGAGUAGCAUAUGAUAGUCAAAUUCCAGAUAAUCUUCUAGAUAAUAAAAUGUCAAACCAUAUUCCAAUAGCAUUCGAUUAUGCAAACAGAGGUGAAUCAAUUAUACCAGAAAGAAGUCCAGAUGAUGAAAUAAACCGAAUACCCGAUUAUCAAACAGAAGUUAUAACAGAGAAAAGCUUACAAAAGCGUAAAAUAGAUGAAGACUUACCUAGUUACCAACAUCAAUCGUUGACUUCACAGGAUGAAGAAGUUAUUGAUUAUGAUCUCAGUGAAAGUGAAGAAUACAUUGAUUGUAAUCCUUACGCUGGUAUAAUUGAAACAACAACACCUACACGAACUGAGUUUUAAAGGAUAAAGAAAGAAAAGAGUUGUAUAUUAUAAAUGUUAUUUUAU